CGGUCGUCGCGGACACCGCAUGUGUCGCAGUCAUUCGCUAUAUUUAUAAUUUUUAUUCCCCAAAAGUCAAGGGUAUCUUCAUGAUUAUUAAAACAAUUUAAGUGUAGAUUGCAUGUUACAAGAUCCAGAUUAUAAUCUUUUAUAUUUCAUUACUUUUACUAAUCGUGAUAUUCCCGGCCACAUUAUAAACACCACAAAAACAAAUAGAUUAGUCGGUGCGAUUAUACGAGAUGACUAUGCGUAGUGUUCCUAAAAUGAGGAGGCUGCUGGACGGCAUGAACAAGGGCUCGAAGAUGGCGAGAAGAACUAUGUGGACCACCGAUAGAAUCAUCACGACCCCAUAUGAGAAAAUUGAAAUACCGAAUUGCACUGUAUACGAUUACGUCUGGGAAAACCUGGAGAAAUGGCCGGAGAAGACGCUAUCGGUAUGUGCAGAUACUGGCAGAGGUUAUACUUACGAGCAGGCAUUCAACCUGUCAAACGCGUUCGCCGCCAACCUUCGACUGAAGCUGAACAUCAGAGACGGUGACACUGUGUCCAUGAUGCUGCCGAACAUUCCAGACUUCCCGCUGAUCGCCAUCGGAAUACUGGGAGCCGGUGGUGUCAUCUCCACUAUUAAUCCAAUUUAUACUGCUCAUGAAGUACAACGACUGCUCGUCAUGUCUAACUCCAAGGCUAUAGUUACUAUGCCGGACAAAUUGAAAACUGUACAAGAUGCAUUAAAAUUGGCAAAAAUUAACAUACCGAUUGUAAUUGUGAAGACGAACGGAGAUGCGGCACCUGAAAAUACGUUUUGUUUUAAUGAACUAAGCGAAGAUGUUCACGUUGACAAAUCCUGCUUGAAGGAAGUUAGAAGAUCGCCGACUGAUACAUGUUUUUUGCCUUAUUCUAGUGGUACAACAGGACUCCCAAAAGGUGUAGAGCUAUCUCAUAGAAACUUAGUAGCUAACAUGCAACAAAUGAAUAAUCCCAAGAUCAGGAAUCAUAUGGACACUUCUGCAACACAUCAAGACGCUGUGUUGGGUUGUUUACCGUUCUUUCACAUAUACGGAGCAUCAGUGAUAAUGUUCCACAAAAUAUCAGUGGGUGCAAAAAUCGUGGCGUUAUCAAAAUUCACACCGGAUAGCUAUUUCAAAUCGUUAGAGAAAUAUAAAAUUGAUAUUUUGUAUGCUGCACCUCCCAUGAUAUUGUUGAUGGGUGGUCAUCCAGCUAGCACAACAGAGACACUUCAACAUUUAAGAUCAGUUAUUAAUGGAGCUGCACCAUUGAGCAGUACGGAUGUGGAACGAUUCUUAAGUAAAGUUAAAAAUGGUAUUGACAUACGACAAGCGUAUGGCUUAACAGAGACGUCACCUCUUGUUAUUAUGCCACCAACUGGUAUAAAUAAUUACCAAACUGUGGGAUAUCCGGUUUCAAAUACAGAAGCUAAGAUUGUAGAUCAAGAUCUUAAAGUACUUGGUCCAAAUGAAGCAGGUGAGUUACUACUUAGAGGACCACAGGUGAUGAAAGGUUACAGAGAUAAUCCAAAAGCGAACAGUGAAGUCUUUACAGCAGAUGGAUGGUUUAGAACCGGAGAUGUGGCUAUAGCAGAUGACAAGGGACUCAUCACAAUAACAGAUAGAAUCAAAGAGCUUAUAAAGGUCAAAGGUUACCAAGUUCCUCCAGCUGAAUUAGAAGCAUUACUCCGUGAACAUCCAGCUGUGCUUGAUGCAGCUGUCAUAGGAAUCCCACAUUCAUCCAAAGGCGAAGUACCUAAAGCGUUUAUUGUUCUUAAAGAUGGACAGAAGGCUGAAGCUAAAGAUAUUAAAGAUUUUGUCAAAGAAAGAGUGGCGCCCUUCAAGAAAAUAGAAAGUGUUGAAUUCUUAGACAGUAUACCGAAGAGUUCUGCAGGAAAAAUAUUACGAAAAGACUUAAAGGCUAAAUAUGCGUGAACUUAAGACUUAAGCACUAUUUUAAAGAUAAGAAAAUCUAUUUUAAAGAGAUGAGGGACCUUGGGGUAAUUAUUGAUGACAAACUUCUUUUCAGCCCAUAUUAGCAAUAUUGUAGCAAAAUCGUAUAGAAUGCUAGGUUUCAUCAUGCACAUUGGAAAGGAAUUCCGUUGCGCAUCUACUUUGAUAAUACUGUUUAAUGCAUUUGUGAGACCACACCUUGAAUAUGCCUCUUGUGUACCAGUAUAAUACAUACAUUAAUGCUAUUGAAAGAAUUCAACAUAAAUUUGUAAAGUACUUAGAAAACAGAAUUAAUGUUAACUUAAUUAUUAAUGAUUGUGAAACAAAGUUACAGGUUACAUCCUCGCAACAUCGCAGAACUGUUAGAGAACAAUUAUUUCUUAACAAACUAAUUAAUAACCUUGUAGAUUCACCGUUCUUUUUGCAGAGGAUUGGUUUCCGUUGUCCUAAUAGAACUAGGUCUGACAACACGUUUGUAAUAUAAUUCAGCAGGACCAAGUUUGCUGCAAAUAGUUUCAUAACUAGAGCAUGUCACAGCUAUAAUAAAUACUUCAGGGGAUUGAAUAUUAUUUUGCCUUUCUUACAAUCAAUUUAGAAAUGAAUGCUAUAAGGUCGUUUUACCCUAACACUAAGUAAUUAUUUUCUUACCAUAAAUUUUAAUUAUCAUGAUCUUUAUUGUAUUCACAUAACUUUAAAUACUCUAAAUAUUUUCCUUAUUUUUAGAUAAAUUAUGAAGUGUAUGAAUGUUAAAGUCUGUGGAAACUUAACUGGUUUAUUGAAAAGUAAUAAGUGUUACUAAAUUGAAUUGUGUAAAACUGUAUGUUUCCCAAAUGAAAAUAAAUAAAUAUUAAAAUGUAGAACAAUCAUUAAAAUAAGCAGGAGACGACUUUGAAGUACGCUCGAUAAAGUCAUAACAGAGAAUCUAAAUUAUCAAUAUAUUAUUUAUUUAUUCAGAGAUGUAGUAAAAGGGAUCGUGGCGCCACUGGGACAUUUUUUUAAUUUUUCUGUUAUACUAACAUCUUGUAAAAAUCUUUAAUCAUUUCAGUAGCGUGGUGUAGCGGGCAUAUUAAAAUGUGCUAUAAUUUCCUAAUAGCAUCGACCUCAAGACUGUCAAUGCAGGCGUAUGGUUGUAUUUGGAUUUGGUGAAAACCUUUAAAAUCUUGCAUGUUUAGUCAUCAGUAGUUUUUUGUUUCAAAUUUGGAUUUCGAUUACUAUUAUUUAUUUUUUGUAUAUUUAUUAAAAGAAAUAUCGAUCCAACAUUUUAAUUGAAACUUAUUCCUGAUAAAGACUCGAAAUUAAUAAAAUAUAAAUAUUAUUUAGAUUUAGAAAGUGUAUUAUUCAAUCGUAUUCUGAAUGAGUAGCUUUAGUAUGUUUACCAAAUUUAAUAAUGGCAAAAUAAUAUUGUGAUUAAGGAUUUAAUAAUAUCAUUAAUUUUGCAUAAUUAUGAGGGACGAAAUCCCUUCAUAAAUACUAUAACAAGAUAGACAUUUAUAUUUUUGAUAAUAACUAUGUUAUUAAAUUAAAGUCAGUUCAUAUUCAUUAUGGACAUUUAUUUUGUUAUGAUAUUAUUCAUAGACUCUUGAAAAUAGAGACUUACAGUAUUUAUUACCCACAGCAUUAUUUUUGUUAAUAAAAUACAAUUUUACACUUACAAAUCGUUACUUGUAUAAUAAGUUCUCAAGUAAUCUGAUGAAUUUCUUGGUCGACGUUAAUCAAUGUCUUUUAUGUUUUUAUAUAUUUGGUAAUAAUAGUAAUACAGGUUACAGGAUUAUGUCACCGAUAUAAAAAUGUUAUUGUCUCUUAUGACUUAUAUUUUGAUAUAUUUUUAAAAGGUUUUUUUCUACGAAUACAAAUAAUAAGAUUUAACAACUGUUCAAUAGUAGUUUUAAUUGUUUUAUUAUUUUUAAAAAGUCAUACUUAACGUAAAAUACCUCUUUUGUUUUCAUUCUCUAAUUCAAUUCUAAAUGGUUCGCAAAUGAAUAAAUGAACUGGAGUUCUAGUCUAGUCGUCGUGGACAAUAGUAGAUUGUUUACUAAGUGAGCAAAUAACUAUUUAAAAGGCACAUGCGUUUUUCGCUCGGGCUUUAAAUCCGUGUUGCUCCCGAGGUGGGCACUCAACUUUUGUAUCACCAUCUAUUAGAAAAUAAGUAAAUGCAACUACGAAAAGAAGUUAAAAAGUAUUUUUUUUAACACACAAGAACAACACGACAAUCUCGAAAAUAGUCCAAAACACAUUUUCUGAAAAAGAUUUCAAUUUUCUUGCAUAUUUCCAAAGUAUGAAAUUUUCCUUUUGUGGUCGCGGACUUUGUAUCACAUUUUAAACAUACUUUCAUUCUCGCUAUUCGAAGAAGAUACAAAAUUUUUAUAAAGCCAAAAUAAAUCUGUUUUUUUACAUUAUGUGACUUGAUCAUAAAAUGUUCGUGAUUGAUCUGUGAUUGGAACUUUUGCUAACAAGAUCCACAUUCUUAAGUCAAAUCACUUAAGUCCAUAGGGAUUAAAACGCUAUUUUGGUUCCUGUUAACAGGACCGUCUUUGUUAACAGAGGACAAAGUAGGUCUCUUCGAAUAGAUGUUUUUUUCAUGUAUAGAUAUAUGGUUAAUACUAAUUGCAGGUGGGUUAUUCUGAGAAAAGCUCUUCAAUGCAAUUCGUGGCGAAAUUUCAUGUUAAGUUUUUAGAAAAUAUAAAAUAAUCCCUUUGAAGAAGACGCAAUAAUAAGAUAUAAGUAUCUAUGAAACAUGUAAUCAAUUUACAUAAUUAACCAAGAUUAAUUUUGAAUUUUUAUAAUCCACGAAAUUUAUGAAACGAUUUUGUCGCUACCAAAAUAAGAACAAAUUUCAGCUAAAAUCAUUCUCUGCUAGUCCGAUAAUGCAUAAAGUAACUAUUAAUACUGUAAAGUAUUGCCAACUUUGUUGUUGUGAAAAGUUUUUUUGUAAGAUUGACUUAACUGUGAAAAAUUACUCUGUUCGUCAGUUUGGAAAAUUGUUUAUUACAUAUAACAUAUGUGUAUAUAUAGUAAAAACAGACAUGAGAAUAAGCAAUCAAAAUUAUUUUAAAGUUAAAAUUGAUUUUCACGGUUCAUGGUUAAUCAUUUUCGUGGGCAGAUCGAUAUGGGCGUGCAAUCGCGCAUAUUAAGCAAGUUUCGCAAUGGUCGGUCAUUGGAUGGGUGACAAAAACUUAUUAUCUCGAGCUCCUCCGUGCUUCGGAAAGCACGUUAAGCUGUUGAUCCCGGCUGCAUCUGCAGUUGUUAGGAGGGUUCAAAUCCGCUCUGAGCCCAUUUGGUGGGUCAUGGCCCAGUCUCCCUACUCCAUCCAUAUGGAAGGUCUGUCGCAGCAGUGGGGAUUAAUAGGCUGUUGAUGAUGAUGAUCAUA